GUUUUUGGAGCCAAGCCCCUGACUUUUUUUUUUUUUUUUGGGCGGGGGGGCGGCGGCAUCUGACUCAUGACUGGCCUGGAAGUGGCAAUAUCAAGAUUUUUGAAACUUCAGUGUCCGGACACAAAGUGGCACCGGGGCGUUCGCAAGAUGGCGGCGGCCGGGGACGUGCCCGUGCGGGUCUGUAACCAGGAGAUUGUUAAAUUCGACUUGGAGAUUAAAGCGGCGGUGCAGGACAUCGGUGAUUGUCAAGGGCCCUUAAGUGUGCUUACAGAAUUAAAUGCCAGAGUAAAGGAAAAGUUUCAACAUUUACGUCUCAGAAUACAGGAGCUUGAGCAGAUGGCUAAGGAACGAGAUAAAGAAUCAGAGAAACAAGCUUUACUCCAAGAAGUAGAGAACCAUAAAAAACAAAUGCUCAGCAAUCAGACAGCUUGGAGAAAGGCAAAUCUAGCUUGCAAAAUUGCUAUAGACAACUCUGAGAAAGAUGAACUGCUGCAAAGAGGAGAUCCAUUAAGACAAAGAAAAACCACAAAGGAAAGCCUGGCAGAGAAUGCAAGUAAAAUUACAGAGAACCUGAUGGGCAUUAGCAGAAUGAUGUCUCAGCAGGUCCGGCAGAGUGAGGAGACCAUGCAUACGCUAGCCAAUUCUUCACGAACCAUCCUGGAUGCGAAUGAGGAAUUUAAGUCCAUGUCGGGGACAAUACAGUUGGGGCGAAAGCUCAUUACAAAGUACAACCGCAGAGAACUGACGGAUAAGCUGCUCAUUUUUCUCGCCCUGGCCUUAUUUUUGGCCACUGUGCUCUACAUCCUGAAAAAGAGACUCUUUCCAUUUUUGUAAAAUUCCAAAGCACAUGGACCACCAAAUAUUAUGAAAGACCAGAAAGAGAGAUGGGGUAAUAAUAAUAAGGGUCAAUGUAACUGGGAUCCAGCACUGUUCUAGCUGAAAGAGGGUUAGAGCAGGCAGGUCUUUAUAUGGUAUAAAUGGAGUACAAUACCUGGUUAAGAUGUCAAGCAAGCUUGCUCGCACAGGUAGGGGCCAGAGCAGAAAGAAUGAGAUGGACAGAAGUAACACCCUUUUCUCUGCUGGGUCGGGGAAACAGAGAAGCACUUGGUGGUCAUGGCAGGUGCUAGUCUUAAUUUUCAACCCUUCUCCCAUCUCAGCAUGAAAUGACCUGUUACUUAACGAUCUGAUCAGGAGGUGCCUUAUCAGCUGUAUGUAAGAUGAUGAGGAAUGUGAGGAGAGAAAAGAGGAUGGAAGCAAAUAAAAAACCCCAAACUUAGAUACAUUCCUUUAAUAAACUAUUUAUAGUGUCUGCGUAAAUUGAGUCUUAUUUAAAAGGAGGAUUUACACCUGUAUUGAAGGAGACCGAAUUGUAUAUACAAGGUCUGUCUUACUUUAAAACUGAAUCUGCCUUUGACUUACAAAGAUGGCUGCUACAGGAAUGAAAUUAAAUAAGUAGCUUUAGAAUGAAAACUGUCAUGCCACCUUUUCACAAGGCGAGUUCCAAAAUGUAGAAUCUUAUAAUAUGGGAAAUACAUCUUGUGCCUUCUUGAGGCCAAAGUUACUGUGUUUCUUUGAGAAUGUAGUUCAGAUAUGUUCUGUGGCUUCAUUUCAGGUCUGCACUUGGAGGACUUGGAGUUGAUAUUUGAGUAGAAAGGCCCAUUUGCCUUGAUUCAGCACAGCUUUGUGAUGCUGACAUUUCCUCACUGCUGGAUAGAGAAUUCCUGCCAUACUGUUAGUGUAAGAGGCAUAGGAAUGUAUUUCAUAUGAUCAAUUCCUAAGGAGUACUGUGGAGUUACAGAAAAGGGAUUUCAGUGGAGGAUACAAAAAGAACUUAGAAAAACCACAGCAAAAAAUUACACAUUUCUUAACAUGAACCCUAGAGAUCACUUGGAGUAGAUCUUUGGUCAUCAUUACAUCUCUUGAAAUUUAAAAAAGAAUGUUGUAUUGAUCAAAAGACCAAAGCACAAACAAGUCUCUAUUAUAGCUCUUCUUACUGGUGCAAUAUUUUAUUAAAAGCACAUUGUCAAGGAA